GGACCUAACAUCAUUGAGACUAAGUCAAAAGGCAUUUCCAUUGCAAACGCUCUGAGUACCACUGAAAGCAUGACUGUGGACAAAAUCGAAGCACGAAUAGACGACACGGACCAAGAAGUUGGACUACUACAACUAAACGAUUUACCAUCGACUGAGCAAGAGGAGAAGCACUUGGAUGAACAACCGAACGAAAAUCUAACGGCAAACAUACCGACGAUAUCGACUGCUUUAGAGCAGACUGGAACUAUAAAUAAUUCUACCAAAGAAGACUCUAAAGAAACCGACUUAAAACGACAAUCAAAGUUUGAAGCGGACGAACAAGACGCUAUUUUAGCAACUUAUACGGAGGGGACUACUACGUAUGCGAAUUCCGAAAGAGACCUUACCCGAUUCGACGGAGACUUGACUUCCAAAAUAGAUAACAAAAUUAGUGAAUUGAAUUCGGAUUCAAAUUCGAAAGACGUUAUUACAAAUUCUACAACUAAUGAAGAAACAACACGUUCGAAUAUAACACUGAUAAAACAGGGACCAACAGACAGCAACGAUACUCAAGAUACUGCGGAAAUUACUUAUAUGGACCUAACAACAGAUACACACGGAAAUCAUGCAGACGACAAUUUGACACUUAACGACAACAAAAGAACUACUUUUGAAGCAACGCUACUUUUCAAAAUCUUAGACCAAGAACUGAAAACCAAAGAAGAGACUAUUUCCCGCACAAACCAGACGGAAACACUCACAAAACCAAAUCAAACUGACGAAUGUUUAGAGGCUAAGUCACUUUCUUCGAACAGAAACUUCAACACAAUUGAAAACCGACAAUCUACAACAAAUAUUAACCAAUUUACAGAACUAGAAUUAAACGAAGAACCGAAACGUUUAGAGCGACGUGGACCUGAUGCUAACAGAAAGUUAAUUGUCGUUAAAGUACCGAACUGGCAUAAUGAGACCAAAAGCAGAUUUCACGCAAAGCCAACUAAGAGUGCAAGCUUGAAGAAAUCAACUACAGUUACACCAUUAGCAAAUCUGAACACACGCCCGACUUCGCGACAAUUUGAACUCAGACAAUAUCAAACGCAACCGACAUUUUACACGCGCCCACAGAAGGUGGUAGUAAAUGGACCCAGCGCAGACCAAUACGAAAUUGAAAUAAACAUCCGACAAACGAACAAACAAUCAUCCUCAGCACUGCCCAUAACUGCCUCCACGAAUUCUUACACAAACUACUAUACAUCGUACAAACCCUUCGGCUUUGACAGAUAUUCACCCAGUUAUGUGGGCACGUACCGCUCGAGCACAAUACCGCCACACCCUUUUUACCCAAAUACACCCGCUGCAUCGUUGAAUGUUGUACAAACUCGACGUACUAAACCACCGACUGUCAUUUACAUUAACGAACACGAAGACCGUUAUACAACUACCACACGCACGCCUGGAAUUUUUCAAAAUUUCAUAACAUUUGCCUCUAGUGAUUUCGGAAACAGUAACAAGCCAAAACAACCGAGUCCGCAUAGCACGUCAGUACAAAAGGAACGCCCAUCUUAUGGAGCUGUUGUAUCGAGC